AUGGAGAGCGAUCGCAUCUCUGAUGCCGAACGGCCGUCCCGUCGCCCGGCGGAGAGCGGCGUGCCUGACAUGGCGUCGACGCCCGUCCCGACGCCGGAAAACUCGAGGGCAUCAGGGCGCGUGUUGGAUGCGGUGCUGACUGACAUGGCGAACACGGAAGUGGUUAGCCCGUGGAGUGUUUCUUGGCAGAGCUUCAGCCAACGAUGUUACAGGGUGGGGCGAAGUCGGUGCGGUAGCGUGCGCGAUGCUGCAGGUAGCGUUUCUAGGUUCUACAGAACUUGGAACGGCGGCGGUGGAGGCGAUGACGUAAGCACGACAGGGUCAAAUGAUCAAAAAAAAGAAGCUUAG